AUGGCGAACACAUUAUCGCCAUAUCUAUCACCGUCGUUAUCAGUAGCAGCGAUAGUAGUAUUGUCGGUUUCAUGUGGAAUAUUAAUUCAGGAAUGCGAGGGCCAGGACCAGCAAGCCAAGGCUUUGCCUCCAGCAGGGGAAACUUGUAACGGGAUUUUCAUUUCCUAUGACUUUCUCAAACGAACCAAAGAAUACCCUCACGUGAAGAAUGUGACGGCGCAGUCCUGGGCCUUCAGUUCCACCGCAUCAGUUCUCAACACAGGUAAAGAAGUGUUUAAGGCAUGGAAGCUGUUCAUAGAGUUUCAACACGACGAGAUUCUAGUCUCCGUCGGCGGAGGCAAUAUAGAAGAGGCAACCGAGUUCCCCGCUUCGGUAGGAAAUGGCACUACCUUCGUCGGAGCUUCUCAGCCAGACUUGGAUAGCGCAAUCAACACAGCUCAAGAUUUAAGCCAGAUCCAAGCCGUCAUCGACCUUACCGGUACCCAGUUUGGAGUAAAGCCCCCUACGGUUCCUAUGCCAAAAACCAUCAAGUUGGUAAACGAUGGUUACAAAUGCCCCAAACCAACUACCCACAAAAGUUCCAUGUAUGCAUGCUGCAAAAAGGACCUUAAAGCCAAGACUACAGUUGCCAAGAAGACAAAAUUCUUGGCACGGCAAAAAGGGGAUCUUCUGAUAUCCUAUGACGUUACUCAAGUGUAUGACGAUAAUUAUUUGGUUCAGGUGUUGAUGGAGAACGAACACUUUUUGGGACGGUUGGAUCAUUGGAACUUGACGUGGGAGUGGACAAGAGGGGAAUUUAUAUACUCCAUGAAAGGUGCCUUCACACGUGAGAUAGAGUCCCUAGGUUGCAUCAAUGGCGAGGCAGGAAAGUAUUACGCGGGAUUGGAUUUCUCUAAAGUGCUUAACUGUCAGAAGAAUCCUAUAGUGAGUGAUUUGCCUUCAGAGAAAUAUAACGACAGUGAACUUGGAAAGAUACCUAACUGUUGCAAAGACGGAAAUCUUUUACCCAUCAUUAUGGACCCCAGCAAAUCCAAGUCUGCUUUUACGAUGCAAGUGUACAAAAUUCCACCUGAUUUAAACAAAACGGCAAUUUACCCUCCUGAGAAAUGGCAAAUUACGGGCAUUCUGAACCCACAUUACAAAUGUGGGUUACCCAGAAGAGUGGAGCCUGCUCGAUUUCCAGACCCCAGGGGACUCGAAGCAACGGUUAUUGCCAUUUCAAGUUGGCAAAUAGUCUGCAAUAUCACUAAGCCAACCAAAAGGAGCACUCGCUGUUGUGUUUCUUUCUCCUCUUAUUACAAUGACUCCGUAGUCCCUUGCAACACCUGUGCCUGUGGCUGUGAUUCUGCAAAGACCAAAAAAUGCAAUCCCAAUUCUCCGGCAAUGCUUCUUCCUGCAGAAGCUCUUCUUGUACCCUUUGAAAACAGGUCGGCAAAGACAGUUGCUUGGGCCAAAAUGAAGCAUUUUACGAUUCCCAAAAGAUUACCCUGUGCUGACAACUGCGAAGUCAGCAUAAACUGGCAUGUGGUUUCCGACUACAAAGGUGGGUGGAGUGCUCGAAUCACUAUGUUCAACUGGAUGACUACCCAGUUUGAGAAUUGGUUCACCGCCCUCCAAUUCAAGAAGACUCCUCGCGGCUACCAAGCAGCAUAUUCUUUUAAUGCAACGACCAUUCCAAAGCUCAACCAUACUAUUUUCUUGCAAGGAUUUAUCGGAGCAAACUAUCUUAUAGCUUUGGACAAUAAAUCAAACCCACAUGUUCCCGGAAAACAACAAUCCAUUAUUUCCUUCACCAAGAAGUAUUCACCAAAUAUCAAAAUUGCAAAAGGAGAUGGGUUCCCUUCCAAGGUCUUUUUCAACGGCGAAGAGUGUUCUCUUCCUACCAGAUUCCCUGUCAAAAGUGGAAACCAACCUAAUGUUGUUGUAGAUUUAGCAUACCAACUCUUGUUUUUCGCUUUGGCUUUUACAAUCACUCGAGUGCUGUAA